AUGAGUGAACAACUUGUGGCGAAUGAGCUGCUGGCGUUCCUGCAGCAGAAGCUGGACGUGAUGGAGGAGGUGUCCGCUGUCCAGAUCUGCGCGUCGAAUUUCAGCGAGGAUGACGUCGCUGCUGCAAAGCAGCUGCUGUACUGGUCGCUCAACAAGAGCGACCAGAUGGUGUCCCGCCGGCGUGACGGGACAAAGAAGAGUAUACAAGACAUCAUCACGCUACUUAAAGAGACCCACCCUGACGACGUGCCGACGUUUGUGGCGAAGGACCUGAGCAAGCUCCCUCCCGUGACAAUUGACCACGUCGACGUUACGUGCCUGCUGAAAGACAUAGUCUUUCUUAAGGCUAGCUUAGCGGAUGUGCAGAAGCAGCUGGAUGCAUCUCAAAAUACCGUCGCCAGUUUGCGCAGCGAAGUUAACGAGUUGCGUAAAUCGGUAACGGUAACUAGGUCACCUGUGGAUGCAUCGUGCAACGUUAACACGCGGCGCGGAGCGUGCCUCGAUGUAUCGGGUGCAAGUUUCGCGUCAGCAGUUUUGUCGCCAUCGCCGCUGUCACCGCCGAAUGCUGAGUCGGCACAGUGCGCGCCUCGUGCGCCCCGCUGCCCCGAUCCCGUCCCUGCGGCUCCUCCGCUCGCCGCCGCUCGACCGCUCGAUCAGCUGCUCGUUUCUGCAGCCUCGGCGAAACCUAAUGGUGUUCAUCGAGAGUAUGCCAGCGUCGCCGGAAGCACAAUUGGUGCAAAAAUGAAGCCCAUGCCCGUAAAGGGACCGGAUCGGGCUGAUGAUGAUGGGUUCGUGAUGGUGCAAAGGAGGAAGCGCCGUCAGCGAGCCAACAAGAACCGCUGUGGCAAGGCUCCUGUGGAGCCGAACACAAUAAUCUGUGCUGCUAAGCCGAACACCCCGAUAAACUCACUAGAAGCCCUAAAACAUAUCAAUAGAAAAACCACUGUCGAUUGA